GCGAUAAAGCUGUCGUAAAGUCUCGUCGUGGUGGAAGUCAUAUUGUUCUUCGUAUUAUUCUUGGAUAUUAACGUUACAGAGUUUUCUAGAUAGCUACGGACUACAUAAAUAAUUUUUGGUCUAGAUACAGUUUUGUACAAAAAUAAAGUCCGAGCAUCUUUCCGUUUUAUCAUUAUCGCGUUGAUAGUGGCAAUCAGAAUUUUUAUAUGCAAGUGACAAGUGUUUUUCUGACGUGAAAAUUUCUCGAAUCGCUCUAUUUCUCUGUUUCGAUCUUAAAACUUGGUCAUUAAUCCUGGCGCUACAUUCUAAUUUCAAUUAUUUUUCAAUAUUUCUGAUUGAUAAAGCAAUUGCAUAUAAAUUGCUAAAGGUGCUUGUGCAAUUUGCAUGAAUUUGACAUUUAGAAACCUGAUUUUUUUAUCGAUACACGGAUUUUUUUAUCGGAUAAACAAUGGGUUGACAUGGAUUUGGAUGUCUUUAUAUAUAUUCUUUUAUUACGCAACGCAAGUGACAUAAAAUAAUGUAAAUAUUUCGCGGAAAAUGCCGACGUUCACUGACGAAUACCGUUCAGAGAAAAUGUGAUCACAUCAUCAAUCAAGUAUUUCGUUCGCUCUGAAAUCAUCGAAUUAUUACAAAUAUAUUCUUGAAGACACAAACGCGAAAUAUGAAAAGUGGCACUUUGUAUCAGCUUGAUCAUUUUUUUAUCGUCAUAGAUAAGUAUAUCGUUGAUGAGAUAAACCGAUUGAUUAACAACGAUUGCAGGAAAGAACGACUUUUCUACAAAUCAUAUUCGAAAUGUUUUUUCUCGUCCUUUUGGAUGCAGAUUGUUCUGGUCGAACGCUAGCUACUCUCCUGGUUGCGUGGGUGACGGCAGCAAUGGUAGCUUCGAUAUUAUUGCAAUGGGAAUACAUGUGGAUUGUUUUGGCGAUACUGACGCUGCUCUUCUUAUUACUCUGCGGAUACACCGGCUACAAAAUGAAGAGGACUCACGCGAGAAUGUUACUCGAGCAGCAAAGAAGAGCAGCGAUUCGGACUGUUUCGAGUAUCACGGCCAUUAAUCGUAGACAAAUAGAUUCAACUUACCCGACUCACCUGCAUGCGGAUUUACCACCAUCUUACACGUCCGUGACUAUGCAAACAGCAACAUCAACAUCUCAUCAAGCAUCCGACGAAGACAAGUAUGAAGAUCCCCCACCGUAUUCGGUCGUAAUCGCUUCUUUAGAUAAUUCUCAAAAUCGAAACGCAGAAAUUUCAAGCGAAUCGAACGUGUUUCCUUUCAAAUUUACAAAGAUUGGAGUUGCCGAUGUCUCUGCCGCCACUUCCUCUUCCACGUCCCUCGCGUGCCCACAUGGGAGAUAAGGAAUGCAGUCGAGUUACCACUCUCGAAUACUUUAAAUGUUUUUGUUCUCACAAUGCUUCCAUGAAAUGACCAAUUAGAGUUAUCAAUGUUGUUAAUGUUAGUCAAAUCGGCCAGUCUAAAUUAAACAUUGAACAAUUUGAAUAAAU